CCCUCUCUUCCUCCCCUCCCCUUGCUCUCUUUCCACCUUCAGACUCCAUUACUUGAAGUCAGAACAGAAGGUUUUUCCUGCUGAAAAUCACCAUUAUCAUGCUUUGGUUUUACCGCUGGUUCCUGAGCCUUCUGGUGCUCCAUGUGGCUGCUGCUCACGUCUUUCUGGACAACAAGGAGGCCAAUCAGGUUCUGAAUCGAAGGAGACGAGCCAACACUUUCCUGGAGGAACUUAAAAAGGGUAACAUGGAGAGGGAGUGUGUGGAGGAGCGCUGCACCUGGGAGGAGGCCCGUGAGAUCUUCGAGGAUGUUACAAAAACUAAUAUCUUCUGGGCCAAAUAUUCAGAUGGAGAUGCGUGUGAGUCCCACCCCUGUGCUCAUGGAGGACUGUGCCAAGAUGGAAUUGGCAGCUACCAAUGCUUUUGCCAGACUGGAUACCAAGGCUUCAACUGUGAAAUUGUUAUUCCUGAGCUCUGCGAGACCGAAAAUGGUGGGUGUGAGCAUUUCUGCGACAUCAUCCAAGGCAACGUUCAGUGUUCUUGUGCUGACGACUAUUUCCUGGCAUCAGAUGGGAAAUCCUGCCACUCUAACAAGACCUAUAAAUGCGGUGCUAUCUUCUCCGAGGAUGUCCGAACUGUUUUUAGGUACGAAAGACAGAACACAACUGUGGGUAACUCUACCAAGUCCCACAACAGCACAAGCCAAUCUGUACCAAACCAGGAAGUAUCUGAGCCAGGGAUCAAGCCACAGAAGGCUAAAUUCACCCGGAUUGUCAACGGAGAGGACUGUCCGCCUGGAGAGUGUCCGUGGCAGGCUCUUCUGCUGAAUGAUAAAGACAUAGGCUUCUGUGGAGGAACCAUUCUUAACGAGUACAUCAUCCUCACGGCUGCUCACUGCAUGAACCAGUCACGCUACAUCUACGUAAAACUAGGUGAAUUUGACACGUUGGUGGAUGACGGAAACGAAGCCACUCACUAUGUGGAAACUAUUGUCACCCACAAUAAAUACAGGCCUGACACCUACCUCAAUGACAUUGCUCUCAUCAAAUUAACCAAGCCCAUCAAGUUCAGCAGGUACAUUUUACCAGCCUGUAUACCUGAGCAAGACUUUGCUGAAAAGGUGCUGAUGCGGCAGCAGGAAGCGUUAGUCAGUGGCUUUGGACGCAUCGGCGAAGGUCGGCAGACGUCCACUAUCCUGCAGCGCCUUGCUAUGCCCUACGUCGACCGGCUCACCUGCAUAGAAUCCACCCAGCUGCGCAUCUCCACCCGCAUGUUCUGUGCCGGCUAUCACUCAGUAGCUAAGGAUGCCUGCCAAGGCGACAGUGGCGGGCCGCAUGUAACACGCUAUAGCGGCACCUACUUUGUCACCGGCGUCGUCAGCUGGGGCGAAGGCUGUGCACGCAGAGGCAAGUACGGCGUCUACACCCAGGUGUCCAAGUACAUCCCCUGGAUCCGCAACGGCAUUGACCACCUGGUGUCCAAAGAGAAAGCCGGCAAGCGGGCCAAGAGGCACCACAGCCCAAUUCACAGGCUGCAACUGUGAAACAGAGGCUGCGCCUUAAUUAUGUCACAUUUGGCCCAGAGACAGAGACACCUGUUCCUCAGGGUGCUUCACGUUUUGUAUCUGACUAAAACUUCUUCUAUCCUCUCAGAGCAAACACUCUGAUGAUCAGCAUCAUCCAACUGAAACAUUCACAACUAUGAGCUCAUCAGUGAACUGGCUUGAUUGUCUGCGUUUCAGUAGGAACAAUGGAAACUAAGAAAUAAAUCAAAUGGAAAGUGGAA